UUAGUAAUCUGAUCUGAAACGAGGUUUCGUUUAAUUUAAAGUACGCUAAUUUAAGUCUUUAUACUACUUUGUUGUCAAACAAACACGUUCGAUACAAAAAAAUAAAAAAAAAUCUUGAUAUUAUCCAGUACUAUCUUACACACCCAAACCCACCCACCGCUUGCUUCCAAUUGAAGGAAGGAACCAACCACUCUUAUGGCGCUUACUGUUUCUCUCACUGGCCACAUCCAUGGAGCCACUCAAUGCAAAAAAUUUCCCCCUUUAUCGUCUUCUCUAUGUAACCUCAGCUCCAGUGCUAAUGUAGUUGACAUGAGGCUAGUAUCCCAGCGUGGAUCACAAAAAGUUGGAUCUAAUCAUAGAAAUUUCAGAGUCAAUGCCCUCUUCGGAGGAAAAAAAGAUAAUGAAAGUGGUGAUAAGCCUGGGAUCCUCGGUCAACUUGGAAACAUGCAAAAUCUGUUCGAGACUGUGAAGAAGGCUCAAGCGGUUGUCCAAGUAGAAUCAAAUCGGAUACAGAAAGAACUUGCUGCAGCAGAGUUUGAUGGUUACUGUGAGGGUGAGUUAAUAAAGGUGACACUAUCAGGGAAUCAGAAACCUGUACGAACACAAAUUACUGAGGCUGCUAUGGAAUUAGGAUCGGAAAAAGUUUCCCUUUUAGUCACAGAGGCUUACAAAGAUGCACACCAGAAGAGUGUCCAGGCCAUGAAGGAAAGGAUGAGUGAUCUUGCUCAAAGCUUAGGAAUGCCACCGGGGCUCGGUGAUGGGUUGAAGUGAUGACAGUGACGAACGAAACCUCAAUUUUGUAUACAAAACCAUUUCAUAAAUGCCUAUUUUGUCCCUAUACUGUAGCAAUCUUGUUUAUUUAGUUGUGUAGGGAUCUCUUGAAAUUGUGGUGGGACUUUCUAUGUCAUAUUACUUUUUUAUGUCUUAUGUUGUCUUUGACAAUUCAAGGUUUACUGAUUUUAUAAUGAAAGCUUUAAUGAACUA